AUGUUCUUCAGUCGCCAAAUGCCACGUGACCAAGGAGGACAUUCUGAAGAAAAUGACCAAAAAACCCCUGGCGUUGGUGAGAGGAAACGAGGGUCGGGGACAGUCAGCGUCGUCAGAAAACGGUUCAGUUUUCCCUUGGAGGAAGAGAAGCAGAAACGAGAGUGGGGGCAGCGUGGGGGUUGGGGGUCGUGCAAAGCGUGGUUAAUGUUAAGUGUAGUUUUCAAAGGUGGUGGGGAGUACACUGGUGGCGUUGCGAUCGAUGAUGAGAUGAACGUGUUGAAGACAAGCGCCCAUCUUCCUGUGAAUGUGUCAUUACCAAAAACACCGUCUUCCUCCCCAAACUUUGCCAUUGACUUUUGCCCUCUUUUCUGUAUUUUUUCCACGUUAUUUCAAUUUAGACUCCUUCCCUUCUCUUUAAAAUGGUUGUCUUCUUCCUUGCCAUAUUCUUCUUUUCGUCAUUUUUCUCAUCGCUUCUUUCUCUUCUUUUUAUCUUCCUACUUCUACUCCCUCUCUUCGUCAUAUCUGUCUUUCUUCUCUUUUACCUUCUUUUCUUUUUCCGUUUUCAUUAUCGUCUGCUUUUCUCUUCUAUCACCUCUUGUUCUUCUUUGUCUCAUUUACUUCCUCCUUCUUUACUCCAUUUUCUCUCCCAAUUCCUCCCUCCAUCAUUAUAUUCGUUUUAUUUUUCUACGCCUUCUGCUUUUCAUUAACCUCCUCCUCCCUCUUUAUUUCCCUCCUCUUCCUUUAUUCCUUUUCCUUUCCUUGUUUUUUUCCCAUUUCUCUUUUUCCCUCUAUAUUUUCCUCAUUUUUUUGUUCGCCAUUUUUCUCUUCCUUCUCUUCUUGAUUGUCAUUCUCCUUUACCCUCUCUUUAUUUUCCUCUUUCUCCUCCCCCUUUCAAUUUUCUCCUCCCCCUUUCUCUUCAUUUCCCUCCUAUUUCUCCUUCCCCUUUCCAUUUCUCCCUCCAUCUCUAUUUUCCUCUUCUAUCUUUUCGUCGUAUUUUCCUCCUUCCUAUUCAUUUUCCACUUCCUCCUCUUCGUUUUCCUCCUACUUCCCCCUCCCCCUUUUUCAUUUCCUUGUCCCUCUCCAUUUCUUUCUUUUCGUCAUUUUUCUCCUCCUUCCUCCUCUCCUCUUUAUUUUCUCCACCUCCUUCUUUUCCUCUUCCUUCGCCCUCCCCUUUCCCUUCCUCCAUGUCCAUUUUCCUCUUCUUUCUUUUCGUCAUUUUUUUCCUCCUUUCCUCUUCAUUUUUCUGCUUCCCCUUUUUCGUCCUACUCCCCGUUUCAUUUCUCUCCUUCCUGUCAAUUUUUCCCACUUUUUCUUUUUUUCAUUAUUCUCCUCCUCCCUUCUCUCUUUUUUAUCCUCAUUCUUUUUUAUUUUUCCUUCUAA